AUGGCCGGGGCCUUCCUGGGGCUUCCCGCGGGCUGGGCGGGGCUCAUCGACCGCUGGGGCGUCCCCGCGCUCCAGGCCUGGGUCGCGCGCUGCCCAGCGGUGGAGCUCCCGCCGUGCCCAGCGUGCCCGGGGUGCAGCUGCCCAGCUUGCCCGCCCUGCCCUGGUGCCUCGGUGGGCGCGACCACGGGCACUGUCGCACUCGCCUGUGGGACGGCCGCGCUGGCUGGCGCAUCGCUCGGGGCCCUCGGCACCUUUACGGCGUUCCGACUCUGGGCGCCGCGCUGGGCGCGUCAGGGUCGCAGCCGCCGCUCGCUGCGCUCCCCGCUGGGCCUCAUGUCGGAGGCGUGGGCGUGGGUCCUCUACAACGUGGUCGGCGCGCCGCUGUUCCACCAGAAGAGGGUGGCGGGCCAGCUGGCAUUCACGAGUGACGUGAUCAUCGUGGCCCCAGAUGACAUGGUCUAUGCCGAGACCUUGCUGACGGCGGGGCCCGACAUCUCGGCGGUGCGGUUCUCGGCUACGAGGUGGCCGCCGCCGCCGGGGAUCGACCCUUGCGCGACGCACAGGUUCCGCCAGGCCCCCUCGGCGGCGCGCGAGGCGGCCUGGCUGGCGGCCGCCGUCGCGGAGGCCGACGCCGAGUUCGGCCGCCGCCAUCCAGGGGUGCCCGUGCCGCCUGGGGGCACCCUGGUGCCGAUGGCGGGCGGCCUGCUGCCGGGGUUCGUGGCGCCCGCGCCCGCGCCGGCCGCCAUCGUCGUGCCCGUGCCGCCUCCAGGGGGGGCUGCCGCCGCACCGCCCGCGGCCGGGGUCGCCGCUGCCGCGUUGGCCGCUGCCGGGCCGCCCGCGCCGACGGACCGCUCGCCGCAGUGGUGCCAGACCCCGCGGCCGGACGACGGCGGCGCCCCCCUCGGGCCGAACGGCAAGGCGCCAGUGGGCUGGUCAUGGGUGCUCGCCGAGGAUGCAGGCGGCCUCGCCUACGGCUCGGUGGUGCAGGUCGGCCCGAUCGGUGGCACGAUCUUGGCCGCGCGAGCGGGCCGAAGAGCGACCAUCAACCUCGUCGGAGGUGUCUCCGCCAUGGCGUUCCUCCUGGAGGACAGGCGGCGAGGUGAUUUCAUCGACAAGUGGCGGGGGGCCGACGCGAGGAUCUUGGCGCGCACGCCGGGCGUUCGCCUGGCACGGAGCUGGCUCGCAGUGACCGAGUCGGCGGCGGAAGUGGUUGACCCCAGCUUCACCUUGCAGCCGAGGUCCGCGGGCUGGUGCGUGGCGUGGCUGCUGCGGGAGGGCGGGCCCAUCCAGCACCACGAGAGCUGGAAGUCCCGCAAGAGGCUCACCUCCUCGGACUGGGGCGUCUCGGAGCACCACACGCUCUCCACCGUGCUGGAGGACCUCGCCACGCACGACGAGGUGAACGUGACGAACCUCCUCGGCGCGGAGCGUCUUCAGAGGAAGAUGCAGCUGAUCGAGCACUUCUGGGACGAGAAGCAACGGGAGCAGGAUGCCGGGCAGCUGAAGCUGCCGGUGGAGGAGGUCUCCGCUUUCAUGGGCGGCACGGGUCCGUCGAGUCGCCCAAGCAGCAUGGCGUGCCCCGCCCUGCGUGACGUGGUCGGCAAGGAGCUCGAGCGCAUCAGUCAGAUCAAGAAGAACGCCCGCAAGCUGCGGGAGGAGGCGAAAGCCGCCGCUGGGCCGAAAGCCAGCGGAGCCAAGGCGGUCGAGGCGCUCAAUGGCCUCAGCGGUGCUGGGGUGCAGGGUGGCUCGCUGCCGCGGGCUGGCGCGAUGCUCGCGCAGCAGCAGUGCCUGACGCGGGUCGCGGGCUCCGCCCCCCAGCUGGGCCCCCCGCCAGGCGACCCGCAGCCUUUGGCAGUCCGGCAGGAGCUCCAGGCUGUUCUGUCCUACGACGGCUCGCUGUCGACCAGGGCGGAGGCGAUGGACCUCUCCCGGCUCUCGCUACCUCCGCCAGGUAACCACCCCGUGGCGCUGGAGCGGCUGCUGGGGGCCGAGGUGUUCGACUCCGUCUAUCGCGUUCUCUCGUGCAAGGUCUUGCCAAAGACCGCAGUUUUGCAGCAGAAGCAGCGCGUUGGCUUCAAGAUGCCCUACGCGGACCCCUGCCUUCGAGACCCUCGCCGCCAUGCAGCGCUGGUGAGGCGUCUCCACGAGGCCGGGGUGGUCGACCUCGUCAGCGACGCCGCCCUGGUGGUCGACGAGGUUGGCCUGUUCAGCGUGGCCAAGAAGAGUGGGAAGCAGCGGCUGGUCGUGGACACCCGCCCCGCCAACUUCUGUUUCGGCGACCCCGAGGGCGCCCACCUGGCCACCGGCGCGGCCCUGGCGGCGAUCGAGCUGCCGGACGGCGCCAACUUGUGGACCGCUUCGGCGGACAUCGCGGACGCCUUCUACAACGUGCAGUUGCCGGACGCUUGGAGGCCGUACUUCGCGCUCCCUCCGCUUGACUUCUGGAGGCUUGGGCGGGAGGCCGCCCCCGGGCAGCCGCACGCGCAGCGGCUCUGGCCGCGGCUCGCGGUGCUGCCCAUGGGCUGGCCCCGCGCGCUGGCCGUCUGCCAGCGGGUGUCGGAGGCGGGCGUCGACCGCGCAGGGCUGCCAGUGCUGUCCAGGAUCGCGGACCGGAGGGCCGCCCCUAGCCUGGGCGCCGGCGCGCGCCUCGUGCACGUCGACAACUUCGCUUCCCUCGCCCUCGACGGGGACACCGCCGACCGCCUGAAGGAUGACAUGGUCGCCGAGCUGCGCAACGAGGGCCUCCCGGUGCAUGGGGAGGGCGCCGCCUCGCUCCACGCGCAGGUGCCGGGCUGGGUCAUCGACGGCGCGCGGGGAGCAGUCGUGCCUUCGCCUCGGAGAGCCUGGGGGAUCACCCUGGCCACGCGCGCGCUCCUCGCCAUGCCGAGGGUCUCGGCCCAGCAGUUGCGCCAGGUCGUGGGCCACUACACCUUCCUUCCCAUGGUGAGGCGCCCGCUGCUGGCAGUUUUCUCGGCCGUGUGCCGCUUCGUCGCAAAGGCCGGCGAGGCGCCUAGGCCUUGGUGGCCCAGCGUGCGCCGAGAGCUGACGUGGGCCAUGGGGGUUGCCCCGCUGGCCCACGCCGACCUCCGGGCCCGCUGGCUGGGCCGAGUUCUCUGCGCGGAUACCUCCGAGUGGGGCCGAGGGGCAUGCGAGCGUGAAAUGAGCAACGACGUGGUGGAGAGGGCGCUCCGGGAGCAGCUCAUCGAGCCCCUCGAGCCCCUGGAGGCCCUCGUCUACUCCGAGCCGUCCUCGAAAGGUCACGUCUGCAGCGCCCCGUCGGACAUCCAGGAGCCCGUCGCCCCCGUGGACAAAGGGUCCGUCACCGCGGCGCUGCGGUGGAUCCCGUCGGAGGCGAACCCGGCGGACCUGCCUUCCCGCCGGGCGCUGAGGAUCGGCGCGCGGCCGCGCAAGGGCGCCGUCGCCAGUCUGACCGCCGUUCGGGAGGGCGGACAGGCAGCCCCCCUUCGCUCCUCGGCGGGCCAUGUCCUGAGGGCCCUCUCGAUCUCGGCGACCACGAGGGCCAAGUGCACGCGCCUCUGGGCCGAGUUCGCGGCCUGGAUGACGACCGUGACCGUGGCCCCCCGCGCCGAGACGGCGGACGACCUGCUGGCGCACUGGAUGGACCAGCAGUGCGCCGAGGGCUGGAACCCCGAGCGCGGGGCCUGCAUGCUGGCGGCGCUAAAGUUCAUGAUGCCGCAGUUCGGGCGCGGGGGCCAGGGGCUGCCGAAGGCGCUGCAGGCCUUGCGAGGCUGGCGGAGGCGAGUGCCAGCUCGCACCAGGCUCCCGCUGCCCUGGGAGAUCGCGGCGCUCAUCGCGACUCGCCUGAUCGAUCGGGGCCAGAUGCGGGUCGCCCUCUACGUGCUGGUGACCUUCGCGGGCCACCUGCGGCCGUCGGAGGCGCCGCGGGCCCUGGGGGCCCACCGGAUCCCCCCGACGCCGGAGGGCGCGUGCGACGGCUGGUCACUGGUGCUCCAUCCUCGCGAGCUGGCAGUGCCCAGCAAGACGCAGGUCUACGACGAGGUGAUCCCCUUCGACCUGCCGUUCUACAGCUUCCUGCCCAGCGCUCUCCGCUGGCUCAAGGCGGCGACCCACCCGAGCGAGCCGCUGUCCCCGUUCCCCCUCGUGCGCGUCAGCUCCCUGUUCAAGGAGCGGCGGCACUCGGGCCCGUCGGUGGAGCUGGCACUGCAGUUGCGGACCCUGGCCAGCGUCCAGCUCCGCGGCCGCUGGCGGACCGACGCGUCGGUCGCGCGCUACUUCGAGCCAGGCCGCGUCAACGAGCAGCUGCAGAGGCUGGCGCCCGAGGUGCAGCGCGCGGCCCUGCUGGCCCCGGCACGGCGUGCCCUGGCGCCUCCGAUCUUCGUGGAUGUCUUCUCCGGCGAAGGCGUGCUGGCAGCAGCCUUGCGGAGCGAGGGCGCCCUGGUCAUCGAAUGGGACAUCGCCUGGGGUGCCGACUGGGACCUCACCGACCCGAAGGUCCCCCGCGCGCUGCGGGGCUGGCUGGGCGCCGGCCUGAUCUGGGGCAUGCAUUUCGGCGCGCCCUGUGAGACAUGGCCCAGAGUCCGAGACACCCGACCGCUGCGCGUGCCAGGCGCUGUCAGUCACACCGCUCUGACUAGGGCCUACGAGGAGGCGGUCGCGGGCAACGUGAUCGUGAACUUGCCGACAGGCGCAGGGAAGACGCUCGUGGCGGUCAUGCUCUGCGAUUAUUUCCUGGAGCACAUGGGGGGGCGUCUCGUCCUCUUCCUGGUGAACAGCGUGGCGCUGGUGCGUCAGCAGGCCGACGUGAUCAGGCAGCGCUCCACCUUCCCAGACAUUUCGGUGGCAGAGCUGUCCGGCGGCAAGGCCAGGUGGAAGAAGGAAGCCCCAGAGUACGUCACUGGGCUGGCCAAGGCAAUGAUGUCGAGCCCCGAGAAAUAUUGCAAGAUGGGCCCCAGCAGGUUGUUUGUCAGUUCGGAUUUCUCUGAUUUGAAAAAGAUUGCUAAGAGGGCCGCAGUGGUGAAGGCUGCUUCGUCGUUCAGGGCAGCCGCAGCGUAUUUGGACAAGCUCAGGAUUGCGAAGACUCAUCGCGCCCAACUGCUGGGCGAUUUCCAGGUGCGCACCGUCAUGACGUUACAUUCCAAGAAGUGCCCGACACGCAAAGAUGCCCUCGCGGAGCUCGGCUUGAAGGUCGGCUCGACGGUCGUGGCCAAGAACGGAGAUAGCACCCGGGAGUACACGAUCGAGGAUGUCGAUAACAAGUGCAACGUCGUGUUGAAGGCCCGCUUGGACAACAAGAAGAGGGCCGCUACGUUCUCGAUUCCCACUGGCAGGCUAGCCGACGAGUACCAGGAGAACACGGACGUGCGCAACGAGGCGGCCAAGGCCGCGGUCAGGCUCGCCCUGGGCAGGGCGUUUUUGAGCAACGCUCAGCGGUGCGAUCUGACAAUCCAUUAUGUUUCGGUGCCGAAGGAUUCAAUUGCGAGGGUCACUGCGAGUGACAAGAUUGAAAAGAAUGAGUUGAUUCUCGUGCCUUUCACGCCGCACAUUACCAUAGGAUAUGAUGACAAAAAGCAGCCCGCCAAUGGUACGAGUGUUGACGUCUCGCAUUUGGUUGGUGAGAAAGGCGCUCGCGCGACUCUCGCCCCGAAGUUUGAUAAGCACACGUUUGUCGUGCCCUUCUGGGCAGUCCCGUUUGCUAAAGACUCGAAGGCGAUUCAGGCGGGCCACGAGUUGCAUCGCCCCAGGGGGUCGCUCGUCACCGCAGUUGGCGGCGGCGGCAGUGGCAGCAAGUAA